AUGAUAUGGAGGAACCGGUGCUGCCCCCUCCAGAAAUCAGCUUGUACAGCGAUCAGCAAGUGAUUCUGGAUGAAGCUGGACCUCUCCUAGAAUGGGUGCAGAAGACGAUACAGCAUUUCAGUUACGAAUUGAACACGUCGUACCCCUUACCUAAGUUCGAUAUAGUGGUGGUAGACGGUGGCAAUCCUUAUUCUGAAGGCUGGGGACUGAUUACUCUGUCUCCUUCUACUUUGACUGACACGAAAACCAUCGCCAGACUGCUGGCCCAGCAGUGGUUUGGCGGGCUAGUCUCACCUCGUUGGUGGAGUUCCCAGUGGUUGAUGGACGCUCUGACGUCAGUGCUUGCUGAGAAGGCACCAGCGAUCAGCGACAGCGCGUCUGAGAGGCAGCAGGAUGCUUUGUUACUGGACCAUGUGCUGCCUGCACUCAGGCUAGAUUCAAGCAACUCAGUGCGAGCUGUGGCAUCCCCCAGGCUGGAUCGAGCUGACAUUGAGGCAGCUUCGGACGAGCUAUCUUUACAUAAGGGGGCGGCCAUAGUGAGCAUGGCAAUAGAGGCGGCGGGGGAAGCGGCGGGGAGGGCUGCGUUGGCGCGGCUUCUGAAGUACCACAGGGCUGCUAGCGCUGACGCCAGAGACCUCUGGCGAGCGCUACAGCACGACAGCGGCGAUGACUCAAGCACCCACGCCCAGGCGUGGGACGGCUGGUGCGAGCGGCCUGGGUACCCGUUGCUGUGCGCCACGGUAGAUGGCGACAACGUGGUCAUCAAGCAAAAGAGGUAA